AUGGUCCUCUCGAAGCCUGAAGAUGCACCCGUGCAAAAGCUCUUUGAUCUAACGGGAAAAGUAGUUGCCAUCACCGGCGGUGCUCGCGGAAUUGGACUAGCGGUGGCUGCCGCAUAUGCCGAGGCCGGUGCCAAAAUCGCAAUUCUCUAUCGCACCACUGCAACCGCACCAAAGGUUGCAGAAGAACUUUCUUCUAGGUACCAAACUGAAUCUCGCGCUUACAAGGCCGAUGUCACCGAUUCAAAAGAAAUCUCCGAAGCGAUUAAUCAGAUCGCUCAGGACUUUGGCAGAUUGGAUGUGAUUCUGGCCAACGCCGGCAUUUGCUCCGAGCAUGCCGCCGAAGAGUACACCCCGGAGGAAUUCCAGGAGAUCAUGAACGUCAACGUCAACGGAGCAUUCUACACUGCGCAGGCUGCGGCGAGAAUUUUCAAGAAGCAAGGAUUCGGGAACGUUGUUUUCACGGCAUCCGUCAGUGCAACACUUGUGAAUACACCUCAACGUCAGGCCGCGUACAAUGCUUCCAAGGCUGCCGUCUUGCAACUUACCAAAUCGCUUGCAGUGGAGUGGGUAGAUUUCUGUCGGGUCAACUGUAUUUCACCCGGCUACACACAGACUCAGAUUAUGGAAUAUGCUUCCCAGGAGAUGCUCACCAAAUGGCUUGCUCAAAUUCCCGCCCGCCGAUUUGCUUCACCCUACGAACUGAAAGGAGCCUACCUUUUCUGUGCUACUGAUGCUUCUAGCUAUAUGACAGGGUCUAAUCUGGUGAUUGAUGGAGGGUUCACUCUGCCAUGA